AUGACAAGGAGUCGCUCUAGGCUUGGAGCAACACUUAACAACAACUCGCCGAGUUGGUUAUCACCUAUUAUCAAUCACGAACUAUCACCCCUCACUUCCAUUGUAUCUUCUCGUGGGGAUCUGAGAACGCGCACCUCAAACGACGCGCAUAUAUCCACAGAUUCGGACUCAACCGACUCUAGCUGCAAAACACACGCCAACCCUAAGAUGUCCUCCAAGGCAGCACAUAUAGAACAAUCUUCCGCAAACAAACCCCCCUUCCUCACCAUGGGCGAAGUGACGCCGGAGGCCCUGCGAUCAUGGGAAAUGGGCUGUGCCCAAUUCUUCAUGCAUAAGAAUGUCGCUGAGGACGAUAUGGUGAAGAAGAUUGCCUGGGGGAUGCAAGACCUGCGAAUUCAAGAUUGGUGCCUUAUGAACCAGGAGGAGAUGGACCUUAUGACGUUCAAGGAGUACAUGGCAGAAGUACGUCGGGUUUGGUUGCCGUCUGGGUGGGCAGAUAUCGUUCGGUGUAAGAUGUUAGCAUCUAUGCAGGGACAAUGCCCAUUCAGCGAGUGGGCAAUCGAUGUACAAAGCCAGAACACUCUCCUCUGA